UUGAACGAUACGGUAUGCUAUUUAUAUAUAUCUCGUUUUGUCACCUAACUUGCUUUACUCGUAGUAGUUGGUGAAACAAAAAAAAAAAACAUUUCCACUGGAAAUCCGAGAUUGCUCUAUACCACAGGAAACCCGCUUCAAUUUUGAAAAACGAGUCCUGUGCAUUUUCAAUAUGGCGGAUGAAGAGAAGCUAAAAAGCGCAACAAUAUUUAAUAGGCUGUUCUUGUAAAUCGGGUAGUUUCGAUAGCCACAGAAAUGGAAGAGGCGUCCGGAGACGUGCACCGUGAAACGGGGAAGAAGAGAAAGCUGUCCAAGGAAGAGAGGAAAAUUGCCGCCAAGGAGAAAAAGGCCAAAAUGACAGAGAGGAAGAGACCUCCUGGAUUUAACAAAGAACUACACGAGGAGACUUCCUACUUUUCCAUUAAUGGUCUCAGGCAUGUGAAACCAUACUACUUUACAUUUACUUCUCACUGCAAAGGGCGGUGGCUGAAUCGUGAACUUCUUGACAUAUUCAGAGAAGAGUUUAGAUCAGAAUCAAUCAGUUAUUAUGAGAAAGCUAUUGAGUCUGGGAAAAUAACAGUUAAUGGGGAGAAAGUACUUCCAACUACAGUUUUAAGGGGCAAUGAUGUUUUGCGUAACAGAGUUCACAGACAUGAGCCCCCAGUCACAGACCAACCUCUUGAGAUCAUCUGCAAUACAGAUGACAUAGUUGUGCUGAAUAAACCUUCUUCCAUUCCAGUUCACCCAUGUGGGAGGUAUCGGCACAACACUGUGGUGUUUCUCCUUGGCAAGGAGCACAACUUGAGGAAUCUUUACACAAUUCACAGGAUUGAUCGUCUAACAUCUGGGAUCCUCAUGUUUGCAAAAACAUUGACGAGAGCAAGGAUGUUAGAGGCACAAGUACGUGACAGACAAGUAGAGAAAGAAUAUUUAUGCAGAGUGCAAGGAGAGUUCCCAAGUGAACCAGUUGACUGUGAACAGCCAAUUAUCGUGGUAUCACAUAAAGUAGGGAUAUGCCGAGUAAGUCCAGAUGGUAAAUCCUGUCGUACAGUGUUUACCAAGCUUCACAGCAAUGGAAAAAGUAGUGUUGUCAAAUGUAUUCCAUAUACUGGACGCAUGCAUCAAAUCCGUGUUCAUCUUCAGUGGCUAGGAUAUCCCAUCAUAGAUGACCCAAUAUACAACCACCCAGCAUGGGGCACUAAGAGGGGGAGGGGUGGGGUCACAGAUGACCAAGCACUUGAGGUAAUAAAAGCCUUAGCACAGUCCACGACUAUUAUAGAGGGGGAUGACGUAGGAUACACCCCACGUGACCGGGAAGCUGAGACCCGGCCUAUUCCCACACGUCCACCUGGUGAAAACUUCCCCACCUGUAAUAUAAUGACGUCAUCAGAAAAUUCAACAACACUCGAACAUUCCACGGAAAGGGACAUGAUUAGUGAUGGUAGCGAAUCUCCACCUAGCAACAUUUCAGAUAAUUCUAAAAACAUCAACACUGGUAUGAGCCUAGCUCAGGCUCAUGCUCCAAGUGGAUUAACCGCUGAGCAGUCAGCUCAUGGACUGACUCCGGUUCCUAAUGAAUGUAGAGAUGACAAAGCUAACAUGGAAACUGGUGCUCAGCGUGACGAAAUGUCGCCCCAGGGGGAGGGGGAGAGGGACGCCGAUUGCAGUGAAUGUCGUAUCUGGCGUCGGGACCCCACCCCCCAGGAGCUGACUAUGUGCCUACACGCCUUGUCUUAUAAGGGACCUGAUUGGGAAUACUGUACGUCUGUCCCAUCUUGGGCCGAGAAGAACUGGGGAGAAUAGAAUCCUAUAAUACCUGCUUGCUUUCUGUAGCUAGCGCGGCGCUUCAAGUGCAAGCAACUCUCCAGAAAAGGGAAAGAAAACCCGCACGUACCUGGGGAGAAGAGAGCCGUCUUUGCUGUCGACACCGUGUUUAUUUUUGAAUAAAUGUUUCAUGCAAGCGAGGAGCCUGCGCGUGAGACUAGAACAAAAGAAGACGAUGGCAAGACUCAAAGCAUCGUAACAAAAAAUACCGAGUUAACGCCAAUGGGCGAACUAUCAUGAAAGCGUAUAAUAUAAUAAUGCAGUAAUGUCAGUUAUGCCACCACUGCCAAGGCCCUAUACCUAAUAAGUCUUGAUAAAAGAGACGGCAAACAUAUAUGACAUACAUAUUGCAUACUUUUUUAAAUGAAAUAAAGCACGAGAAUAAAUACA